AUGGAUGAUAAUAAAAAUUUAGAUUUCGGAAAAAAAAAGGAAAACAUAAAAUUUUCAAAAUUUGUGACAUCGUUAAGUUUUAUGAAAAAAAAUAGGGAUGAAGAAGAAAAUGUAAAAAAGAAAAUUAAAUACUCGAAUGAUGAUCAUGUAUGGAUACUCAAAGAAUUUGAAGAAAGCGGUAAUGAAUAUUUAAGAAAUAAGUUAUCACAAAAAAAUAAAAACAAUGUAUCUUUAAAUUGUAUGGGAAGAAAAUCAUAUAACAAUUAUAAUAAUUAUGUAAACUUAUAUAAUAUAGAAAUUCAAAAAUUUAUAACGUCAGUAAAAAAAAAUAAGCCUAUAAAUUCAUUGAGAGAUUAA